UCAGUCUCUCCGAAAGCGGCUGAACGAAUUAGACCGGAAUUCUAACGGGUAAAAAUGUCUUCCAACAUGAAUUGUCCAGAACCAAGGGCGGCCGGAACCCGAGAAGAAGAGGGUCUCUACUCGGUGGACGAAAUACUUGGUGUUCGCAUCGAAAACGGUGUAAAAGAGUAUUUGCUAAAGUGGACAGGUUAUGAUAACACACAUAACUCAUGGGUGCCUGAAGGUCAGCUGGAUUGUCUGCGAAAGAUAAGGGUAUUCGAAGCCAACCUAGCCUUGGCCACAGACAAAAGAAAAAAAGGUUUCGACAAGGGCCUUGUACCCGAAAAAAUUAUUGGAGCAACGAAUCAUGGAGGCCCUCUAAAUUUUUUAAUGAAAUGGGUGGGAUCGAACGAACCUGAUCUGGUGACAGCUGAACAAGCUAACGUUAAAUGCCCGCAAGUAGUCAUAAAAUUCUAUGAGGAACGCAUUAAAUGGAGUUAACGGAUGUAAAUAGGAACUAAAACUAGAAUUUAGAUAGUUAGUUACAUUAAGUCUUUAUUGUUGUUAAUUGGUUUACCUACAUUAGGUCAUAACAUAAUAGGUGACGUUAGUAAAAAAUAGAUGGUUUCCGAGAUAUUGCCACUUUAAUAAAAUUCGUUAUAAAAUCGUCCUCUUGGAUCAGAUUUUCGAGUGUCACCUUGAAAUUUCCAUUAUUCUUAGAUUCUGAAUUCAGUUUUGCAAUGGUGAAUAAACAUUUCAUUUCUCAUAGACCUGCAUUAAAAGUCAAAGCUCAAAACAUUUUCUGAAAAAUCUUUUUAAAGUGAAUACUUCUGAUGCUUCACUUUAAAAAGAUUUUUUAGUAAAUGUUUUAAACUUCGACUUCUAAUGUUGGUCUAUGGCAAAUGAAAUGUUUAUUCACCAUUGCAAAACUAAAUUCAGAAUCUAAGAAUAAUGGAAAUUUCAAGGUGACACUCGAAAAUCUGAUCCAAGAGGACGAUUUUAACGAAUUUUAUCAAUGUGACAAUAUCUCGGAAACCAUCGAUUUUCUACUGAGGUCAUAUUAUGUUUUUCUGGAUACUAAUGAGUUGCUCCAUCAGCCCUUUCAGUAUUAUCGUUGCCUUUCCAGACACCCUGUGUAUUGAAAAAAUUAAAUUUCGACCGUAUAAAUUUAUUAGCUGGAAAUUUCGGGUAUAUGGUCUGUAUAUAUUAAUAAUUCAAUUGUUUUUAAACUCAAUAUUUGGUCUACUUUAUUGUGACUUCUUCAGGAGUAAAUGCUCAGAGUUAUACAUAAGUGUUAGGAAUUAAUUUAACAAGAUUGAAUCAAUGAUGGUGUAAUAUUUUGUUAGUAAAUUCUAUAGAAUACAAAAGUAGAAAUAAAUUUGAUAUAAAACGAUCGACAAGAAACAGAAAAUGAAAAAAAAAAAAUUCUGUUUCCUGUGAAUCGUUUUAUAUUAAAUCUAUUGCUACUUUUAUAUUCUAUAAAAUUAACUUACAAAAUAUUCCACCAUCCUUGAUUCAAUCUUGUUAAAUUCAUUCCUAACACCUAUGUAUAACUCUGAGCAUUUACUCCUGAAGAAGUCACAAUAAAGUAGACGAAAUAUGUUUAAAAGCAAUUGAGUAUUAAUAUACUAUACAGACCGCAUAUUCGAAAUUUCCAGCUAAUAUGUAUAUCUCCAAAUUCUUCAAUUAGUAGAGUCGAUAAUUGAUUUUCAUUUUAUGUAUACUCCUGGACAAAAUUAUCGCACCACCACUGCACAUAAGCAUCAUAAGCAGUGGUGCGAUAAUUUUGUCCAGGAGUAUAUAUAUAUACAAUGUAUUUGUUCAAAUUAUCUACAGCUGAUGCAUUCGUUUGUUCAGAAACUUUCAGUUUAUUAAAGUUCACAGUAUUCUUCUUGCUAACAAAUGCAUUUUAUAAAAAUAAAAAAGGGUACAGUCAGCCAAUAAAGUGAUGUCCCUAAUUAAAAAUUCAUCGAUCCAUAAAAAAACUGAUUAAAAUAAUCUUUUAAUUUUUUUAUUGACAUUAGCUCUAUGGUUGGUCUAUCAGCUGUAGAUAAACAAAUAUAUAAAAGUUCCGGUUUUGGAGGCCAGUAGGUACUACACUUUGAAUUUGGGACAUUGCUUUAUAGCUCAUUUUCGGGCUUUAGUUUUGCCUAUGUUUAGUUUUAAGCUUUUUUUGUUCAAAUUCUAGAAAUUAAAAAUCCUUUAUUUUUC